GUAAUGUCAAAAUCUAAGAAUGAAUUGGGUGCAUCUAAACUGGAGUAGAAAGUUCGGGUGGCCUCUAAUUGAUCACAUCUCUACUUUUGGUAUGGUCUGUUUGGCUCUUUAAAGACUGCUGUUUUUUCAUGUAUCCGAAGGCUACUUGAUGUUUUUGUGCUAGAAAUGCGUCGACGUGAAGAUGUGAAUAUUUGGGUAGACCUGCUUGAAUAGCUUCAGGUUUGAAGUAUUAUGGAAACUGGUUUAAGUUUUUCCUUCCCUUCUUUUCUUGAUAUUAAACAAUUAUCCCCGGCUGAGUGAACUGAUAUAUUGUGAUUGGUGGAACUCCUUUUUGAUUUGCAGUUAAUAUUUAUCUGUUUGUGAUUCUUCCAUUUGUUAUUUUGCGUAUAUGUUUUUGCUUAAAUGACGUAAUCAGUUUUUUGAUAAGUAUAGUUCUCAGGCUAUAUCUAUUCUGUGGGUUUGUCCUUGAGCUACCUGCAACAGUUAGUCGUGUGUGAAGAUAUUGCUCGGAAGCAACUCAUGGAGGAUGACUUCUGCAUGAACAGUCAGGUCUGUUUCUUUUAGGAAGAAAAGUGGUGUCCUUAAUGGUGUGGGAGUAUGUCCAUGCCGGACACUAGAUUUCUCUAAAUUUAGCUUUUCCAUACACACACGUCAGUGUUACAACUUACAGGACAUCUACAUUGGAGUCCUGCUGUAUUGAUUUCCCUGGUGCUUUUAAUCUUUCAUCAAGGGUGUAGCUAAUAUUAUUGUUUCUACAAAAAUUCUUUAGGCGUCCAACAGGUAUUGAUAUCUCUAGUCAACACGGUUGUUGAGGAUCAGAGCUUGUAGUAAAUGAUUGUGGACCUGAAGUUUUUGGAUGGGUUUUUAAUCCAUGACGGUGUCAGAUGAUCUUAUUAUUAUUAUGUUUUAAUUUUUAAGGUUAAUUAUUUUUCUCUCUUUA